AUGGACAACCAACAGCCGCACUUGUUGGCUUCCCAGGACGUCGCCCCCGCUGCAUCUGCAUCUCAUCCCACCCAAGGGACGUCUACGAAUACGCAGAAUCAGCAGGUCAAGCCCUCCGUCGCCCUGCACCACCAACAAGCACCAGAUGUGGCCGACGAGGGAAACCAAUCAGGCGCUUCUGAGGAGAAACAUCAUCCAGUCGCAAACUCCACUUUGGAUCCUUCGCCUACCGCGGUCUCCAUCGUCGCCAAGCGCGGGCGCGGAAGACCUCCUGGAUCCAAGAACAAGCCAAAGGAUCCAUCCAAGCCGCCUCCCCAGAAGAAAGCCAAAAAAGAUAAUCCGACUCACCAGAAGAAGGCCGAAACAGAGAAAGCGCCUCCCCAGAAGAAGGCCAAAACAGCGCCCAGAGAGCCUACAAAGAAUGAUGCGCCAAGAAAGAAGGCUAAAGAUCAGCCUAGUACGGAGACUCAGCCGCAGACUCAUCAACCUCAGAUGUUCGACACUGAGGCCCACAAUAAUUCUUCCGCGGCUCGGGCUCAGAGCUUUUCUGGGGCUCAGAGUUUUUCCGGGGCUCAGAGUGUUUCCGAGGCUCAGAGUUUUUCCGGGGCUCAGAGUGUUUCCAGGGCUCUGAACUUCCAGCCUCAACCAAGCAUCACAUCGUUGCCAAUUCCUGUUACAUGCUUGCCCCCCCAUUAUUUCGAUUUACGCUUUACACAGGAUAGCACUUUCGAGACUCAGCCCGGCAGCUCAGCCUAUCCAACAAACGAUCAUAGCAGCUUUGCGAACCCCUUGCAGAAUUACGAUAACAGCUCUACGAGUUUUGAGAAUUCAACUCAGGAUACAAUCUUUGUCCGUUUACCGGGGAGCGGCUCACCCGAAACCGAAACCGGCAGCCCAACCUAUCCAAAUUACGACUUGUGCACCUCUACGGGUUUCGAAAAUUUCACUGAGGAGACAAAUCAGGAGACAGUUCAGGAGACAGUUCAGGAGAAAGUUCAGGAGACAGUUCAGGAGACAGUUCAGGAGACAAUCCUCGCUAAUCCGCUGUGGAGCGACUCGACCGAAACCGGCGGCUCACUGGAUAAUCCAAUUGAAAUUGAUGCUCCGACCUUCUUCGAACCUCAGGACAUACUUCCGGACACAAGCUUCUCCAAUCUGCUGUGGAGCGACUCAUCCGAAACCGAAACCGGCCGCUCAUUGGAUAAUCCAAUUGAGGUUGAUGAUCUGCCCUUCUUCGGAACUCAGGCUCCGAAUUAUCCCGAGACUCAGCUCGACACACUCGAGCAAACAAUUUCCAUUGCGCGGCUCUUUGGCAGCUUCUCACUGCUACCGGCCUCAAUUCUUCGCACAACGACUGAUACGAUUACGACCUUGACAACGAGCCGAGCUUUUAGCGCGACGCCGGCGUCGUUCGCCCGCACGACGCCGCAAAUGACAAAGGGCAAACAAGGGGGCAAGUUGAAGCCGUCGACCCCGAAGCGCAAGGCCAAGGGCAAGUCGACUGGCCUGACGGAGAGUGGGCGCAAGGUGCGCACGCUCAAGCAAAACAUGUACUCGCCGGCACCGCCGCCUCUGCGCAUGGCCCGGCAGCGACACCUGCGGCACUGGACGAUUCACCGCGCGUGGCAGCUGUUCCGCCGCCAGCAACACGAGGCGCAGCACAAGGAGCGCAGCCGCAUGCAGGCGGGCAUGUGGAACGCGUGCGAGGCGCUUCGCCUGGCUGAAGGACCCGGCGACCGAGGCGAGGGCUAUCUGUACCGCGUGGCCAUGGAGAAGCAGGGUGUCUGGAACGGCGACGCGAUUCCCAUCGAGUACGCGCGCAUGCAGACGGAGACGCCGGCGGUCGAGGCAUGGAAUCACGAGUGGAAGCGAUGA